AUGGUUCGGCAAUCCCUCAUGAUCGACCUGCGCCAUGACAAGAGAGGGAGAUCGGCGUUCUCGGGCUCCAGCGUCCAGGCGCCUGGGAUACUGGAUAUGGCAUCAGAGGUUGGAUUUGGCAUUGAUUGGCCCGUCCUCGGGCCAUGGAACGGAGGCGUCAACCUAAUCGACGCUUUCCCUGGGACGGACGCUCCGUGGGACCGGCUGGGUGGUAUGGAUGGCGAUACCCAACGUAUGAAGCAACAUGAGCAGGCACAGUUUGCGACGCGGGCAGGAAUGGGCCGGCGUACGGUCUCGCGACCCUACGGGGCCGCGACGGAUCGAUUCAGACAGGCGGCCCUUCAAUCGACACGUGGAGAUGCACCGUCCCAGGCGACGGGACGCGCCCGGAUGUCCACGUCCACAUACCUAGGUUAUGAAUACCCCGACGGUGCUUUCCAGGGCGGUUCGCUGCAGGGUGACGAGUUACAGCCGUAUGCGCCGACGUUGCGCGACCACCAACGUCAGCAAGUGCAGCCGUCGUUCGCCGGCUACGAGUCCGAGAUGGUCUACAACCUCAACCAACAGGGCCCAACGCAGUCGCCGUACGAGGUCGUGCCACCCUAUGCGACAGCGACACGGCAAUCUGCAGCGAUGGAUGCGCUCUCCUCGCAAUUCGCCGUUCCACAGUAUUAUAAUGAGCCGACUGGACCCGGGGUUCCGGCCGUGGGCUCGCCCUACCUGGCCUCGCAGUUACCGCUGGCUGCUUAUAACCAGCCGGGGCCCAUUGGUCGCUCUGGCACCACCCAGCCCUUUCCCGCAACCAUGCCGGACAUGACCCCGGUGGGCACGACCGGACGCCUGGAGCCGUCGCCGCCGUCGCAGUUGCAACCGUCGCAGUCGCAGCCUCAGCCUCAGCAACCACCGGCGGGUGAAUCUUUCGGUCAUCCGAACGAGUCGUAUGGGCAGUUUCAUCAGGCAUUGCGGGAGACCUUCACGGACACGCGCGCCGGCCGAUUGGUAGAGGCUAGUAGAUCACUCUUGGAAAUCUCCGAGUGGCUUGUGACUAAUGCGCGGGAACUGGGCAUUUUACGCGACGAUCAAGUGCUUUAUGCCGACCGACUCCAACUAUGGAAUGAUUUCAACAUCUGUUGGUUGGCUGUCUGCCAGAAACAAAAGGAUUUGACGCAGGAACUUUUUCAGACGGGCCGCCAGCCGCCCCGGACUAGUCUUCUGACCGGCGAGGUCAUGGAAAACCUUGGCAAAGAACUCAUCUCAUUAUGCGAUCGAAUGGAGCAACAUGGCUUGGUGGAUUACCAAAUGGGAAUCUGGGAGGAGGAGAUUCUCUGUGUUCUAAGUCAAUGUCUCGAUCUCAUGGAAAGCAGACCAGAAGUCCUCAGUCCCCAAGCAAUUUCCGUCCCUGCGACGGCGACCUCGCGAUCGUGA